GUUAUUUCGCGAUUCAUCAUUUCAAAUUUAAUUUGUGCUUAAUUGUUUGAAUUGAAAAGUAAUCUGUCAUUGUUACAUUGUUACUGCACCUUUUUAAACGCUGUCAAGUCAUUUUGAAUAGCUCAUGCAUAAAAUCGUUAACUGAUAAAUGUGGAGUAAUUAAACAAAUACGCAGUGGGAUUUCUAUUGUAAAUCAUGUCGCGUUUGGAUAUAGUCAUCUUUGGUGCGACCGGCUUCACAGGCCAGAAAGCAGUGGAGGAGGUGGCUCGUGGGGGGAAGGACUAUGACACCCUGACGUGGGGCGUCGCUGGACGGUCACAGGACAAGCUUGAGUCUCUAAUUAAAGAGGUUUCCAAGAAAACAGAUCGAGACCUGUCCAAAGUGAAGUUGAUAGUGGCUGAUGUUAAGGAUGAAAAGUCGCUGAAGGAGAUGUGCUCGCAGACGAAGGUGCUGGUGAACUGCUGCGGGCCGUACCGGCUGUACGGCGAGCCUGUGGUCCGCGCCGCCAUCGAUGCGAAGACUCACUAUGUGGACGUCAGUGGAGAACCUGAGUUUAUAGAGACGAUGCAGUUGGAAUACAACGCCCAAGCUCAGGAUGCUGGUGUGUACAUAAUCAGCGCGUGUGGCUUCGACAGUAUACCCAACGAUAUGGGGGUCGUGUACCUGCAACAGAACUGGGAAGGUACUUUGAACUCCGUGGAGUCGUACUUGAGUACGUACGUGUCACCGGAGUACAGCAAGGAGGCGGUCAAGAGUGGUACCAUCAAUUAUGGAACGUGGGAGUCACUUGUCUAUGGUUUGGCAAACAGUAACAAACUGCCCGCACUCCGCAAGAAACUGUUCCCAGAGAAGAUGCCCUCAUACAAACCGAAACUGCUUCCCAGGGGUGCGCUGCAUCAGUGGGGCGGCGGGUACUGCCUUCCGUUCCCGGGCUCGGACAAUUCCAUCGUGUACCGCUCGCAACGAGGACGCUACGAGGCCGGAUAUCGGCCCGUACAGUUUCGGGCAUACGUCAAGUUUUCGAGCCUCAUGGAGACAGUGCUAUUGGCGUUUGUUGGCGUAUUGCUUUACGCCAUGACAAGAACCAAAUGCACCACGAAACUGCUGCUGAACUACCCCCGGUUCUUCUCCGGAGGAAUGGUCACAAAGGAAGGUCCCAAGGAAGAAGUUAUUAACAAUACGCACUUUGAAUUCCAAUUGGUUGGAAAGGGAUGGCAGAAAGACGACGAUAUAGAAGCCACGGCCCCUAAUAAAACAAUAAUCGGGAAGGUGUCAGGUGUCAACCCUGGAUAUGGAGCAACGGUGGUAGCUCUCUUACAUUCCGCUCUGACUAUCCUGCGGGAGAAGGAGAAGAUGCCCGGCAACGGUGGUGUGCUGACAACGGCUCUAGCCUUCUGGGACACCACUCUCAUCAGGCGUCUCAACGAAAAUAAUCUGAAAUUCGAAAUUGUGGAGAAAAAAUAAAGAUUUAAUUGAUUUAUGGUCUCCAACGAUGGUCGAUGGCACCAAAAAAGAAAUUUUAACUUUGCACGUCAGCACAAUUUUAACAGUUUUAUAAUCGUCUAUAAUCAACAAUAAUUACAUUUUUUUUUGCUUAUUUAAUAUAUUGUUUACGACUUUGGAAGCUUUUCACAAUCCACCAAAAAUUCGAUAAAUUUGUAUUUGGAUUUUGGUUAUUUGAAAUUAAUUAAUAUAUUGUAAAACACUCGAAAAUCUAGUUAUAAGUAUUUAUAUAUUUAAAAUAUUUCUAAUUUAAUAAUUAAUAAUUAAAUGUUAUUCUUAAAAAAGAAAUUGGCGUUACUAUCAUUGAAAAGUGAAUACUGUUUUUGGAAUUGAAAAAAGGAAUUUUUAUUGAAUGUCGGAAUAGAAAUAAGAAAGAAUUUUUAAUGUUUACAUCUCAAAUUUAAAAGGUGAAAUUAAGAUAUUUUAACGAUUGGGUUAAAAAUUUAUGUUACUUAAAAUUUCAUUGUCAUGGUAAGAAAUUGUAGUGUUAAAAUUAAGAAUUAUUAAAGUUCUAAAGUGAUAUAGUUAAAGAUGAUUAAUUUUGAUUAAAAUUUAGGGGAGUCUUUAGAGUUAUAUUUAUAAGGGGUAAUAUUUCUGUGUGAUACAAGACAAAUAUAUAUUUGAGGGGUGUAGGACACCCCGCAGGUAGGUAGAGCGACCGUAGGGUUGAGACCAGAAGGGCUGAAGAUCGUGCCCAGGGGGUGCCUUGAGAGAAUGACUAGUGGACUGAUGUUGGUAUGAUGAUGAUGAUGAUGAUGAUGAUGAUGAUGAUGUCAUAUUUGAAUAUCUUUUUAUUAUUUAUUAUCAUAUGCAUUUAUUUUUGUAAAAGCUCUAUUAUUAAAAAUCCUUACAACUGCUUAUAUUUUAGAUUAAAAAAAAUAAUUAUUUACGCAUUUAAUGUUAAGAUAUA